AUGCGUGUGACUUUAAUCAUCUCACAUGAGUCUGAGAUCCAGGCAGUGUCUUUGCUGCUACAGAAGGAUGAUGCUGCAGCCGGACAGAAGCACAAUGCCAGCGGCCCACAGGAGUCUGAAUGCACGCUCACAUACCCCUCCCACCUCGUGUACUACCUGAAGAAAUCUUCUGGGAGCACCUACCAUGACCUGAACACUCGCACUAAGAUUCCUGACCCACAUGGACAGAUGAGAGCAGAUUCAACUCAGCAUCUGUUACAGAACAUGAUGCUUCAGUUUAUUGUUGAUUCAGUGAUGUCUUCUGACCUGCUGUCCUCAGACUAUGUGGGGAUACACUAUGAGAAUGGGAAGCCCGUCCUUUGGAGGGGUGGAGAGCACUGUUACUACCAUGGCCAGAUCAGAGGGAAUGACAACUCUCAUGCCUCUCUGUCCACCUGCAAUGGUUUACUGGAUGGCAUGUUUGAUGAUGGAGUCCAUGUGUACACAAUUGAGCCACUUAAACAGAAUCAUUCUAUUGAGGGAACAGCAAGACCACAUGUGUUACGCAGGGUGACUUUCCUGCAGCAAACCACACAUGCAGGAGAGGAAGACGAGAAAUAUGGAACGGAUGUAAUCUCCACUCUCUCCGAUGUCCAACUGGGGGCAACUACAAUGGUUAGAAGAGUGUUGGCUAUGUCCAGGAACUUGGCCAAUCAGCUGGACCAGGAUCUGGCGAAGUGCAGGUGGUUCAGCAUCCAGUGUGACAAGUCCGUGGACAGCAGCAGUACAGCACAGCUGAUGACAACUACCAGGGGAGUUGACAUCUAUAACGCGGUGAAGGAGUUUUUUGCGGAGAAAAGGGUACCAUUGGAGAAGCUAGUAUCAGUGACUACCAACGGGGCUCCUGCUAUGAUCGGCCAACAUACAGGAUUCAUCGCUCACUGUAAAGGUGACCCAGAGUUCCCAAACUUCAUGAAUUACCACUGUAUCAUUCACCAGCAGGCGUUAUGUGCAAAGGUGAUCGGCUUUGGGCACGUCAUGACUCCCGUCGUGAGGAUCAUAAACAGCAUCCGCUCCAGAGCUAAACAGCACAGAACAUUCAAGACUUUUGACAAAGUUGCAGAAAAGUACUCUCAAGUCAUAAACAGACUUGGGCAAGAGUUUGAGAACAGCUUGGAUGCUGGACAGGUGGAAAUCGAAAUUGUAACAUUGCAAAGUGGCAUCCACCUCAAAGCCUAUCAGGCUGCACCAAACUUUUGGUGCCUUGUUGACACAGAAAACUGCUUUAUUCCCAUGUGCUUGAUGUCUGUUGGCUCUACGUGGAUGAUGGCACCACUGCUGGCCCAGAGUUUGGCUCAGAAUCUUGGUAUUCAAUGGGAUUCAGCAUCAAAGAGAAAGGGUUGUGGGUGCAUUUACUCCUGGCUGGGCUGUAUCAUGGAGGACACUGGGGUCCAGCACCCAAAGACUUUCUCUAAGUGCAGUAUCACCGAUUUUAAAGAGUUCCUGGUGAAGGGAGGAGGGUCCUGCCUCUUUAACAAACCCAGCAAGCUGUUUGAAGACACAGAGUAUGGAAAUGGAUAUGUGGAAGUGGGAGAAGAGUGUGACUGUGGACCAAGAGAAGAGUGCAUUAAAGAGUGCUGCAAAUAUUGUUCUCUGUCUAACGGUGCUCACUGCAGCGACGGACCCUGCUGCAAUAACACAUCUUUCUAUCCUCGGAGUUACUCGUGCUGCUAUGCAGUAAAUGAUUGUGAUAUUUCAGACACGUCCUCUCGUGAUCUUAAAGGUCGCUGCUAUACUGGGGAGUGCAAGACGAGAGACAGUCAGUGUAAAUAUGUGUGGGGUCCAAAGGCUGCGAGUUCGGAGAAGUUCUGUUAUGAGAAGCUGAACACAGAUGGCUCAGAGAAGGGAAACUGUGGUCAAGAUGGAGACAAAUGGAUCCAGUGCAGUAAGCAUUUCCCAUCUGCAUGGGAGUGUCCAGGAAAUGCAUCAUCGCUGCUUCCUAAGAUGAUCAUUGAUGUCAUCUGA